AUGAUGAUGGUCUACAGACUCGAAAACAACACAGCCAACACCGAUAAGCUAUUCAAUCUGUACGAAAAUGUCAGGAUAAAGUUUCUGAAGAGUAAAGAGGGUACCGCUAUGGUCCAGAUGGGAGACGCCAUCGCAGUCGAACCAGUCGAACAAGUCAAAGCAGAACUAGAGGCCACCAACCUCUACGCCCUGCCGGACAAUUCGAUCAGCUUCAAGGACUACAGCGCCUCCAAAAACAAUCGCGUCCUUUCGUUGACUCAGGCCAGCAAAAAUCGCUUUGUGCCACCGAGCAAGAUUCUCCUCUGCUUCAAUAUCCCACCCGAAUCUGCUGCUGACUGCAUUCGCCACCAAGGACUGUCACCCGUCGCAACCCUGGUGGUGAACGCCAUCAUGUGCAACCACAGCGCAAUCGAUCAUAAAGGCACACGAUUCCCGUUCAUUAUGAAGCUGUGUUUCUCCUCCUCCAAGACGAUAAACGGUGCGUGGAGCAACGAGAACAUCGAAAACAUGGGCAUGGGCAUGGCACCAGCACCUGGCAACACAAUGUCGGCAGCGGCCGCGACAACCGCGACACCGUCCGGUGGAGUGACGCCCAUUUCGGUGCCGGGCGGUUGUCUCAAAUCCGAACACGAUGAACCAAUGUAA